AGCAGGUCCAAACCCCUUUGUAUGACCAGGUAGUGCGGGCAUAGCACAUGCCCAAUCUUUACAAAGCAUGCCAGAGAGGGCUGCGUUCUGCACAGAUUCUGGUGGUUGAUUCGUAACACCAACCCAAAUCAUGUAUGAGCCUACAAGGCUAGUGAUUUGCAAGGCAAGGGCAGGCAAAGAUGGGUCGGACGGCGCGACAUAUUUUGAGGUGACAGAGAUCAAGGAAGAAUUCCCUUGAGAUGUGGCCGCCAUCGUGGACGUUAUCCGAUAUAAUGAACAAGCCCCGCAACGCGACAAGCACGAGUUGAGGAGAGUUACAGCCAAGCAUUGGCCAAGCCCUUAUCAAAAUUCAAAUGAGUCACCUGAUAUGUAUUAUUAAUAUCGCAUAGGGGGUGUUCGAAUUCAACUGGAACCUUCAUGUCCUUCAGCCAACUGCAUACACAAUCGACGAGUCCUAUGGAUGCAGGUGGUGUAGUACGUUGCACACACGGUGAAACUGCAAUAAGAAGGACUAGUCAAACAUCUUCAAAUCCCAAUCGUGAGUUCUACACUUGCUCGAGGUCAAUCAAGAGCGAGAGGUGUAGAUUCUUUUAUUGGGUAGAUGACCCUAUUUUUUACCCACAACAGCAUAGUUCUGUAUCUCCCUCUGUACCUGCGUCAUCGAGGCCCCCUCCUUCUCAGAGACAGAGAGCCGAAUCAGCUCGAACAUCGGGCACGCCCCAGAAAAGUCCUAGGAAGAGGAUGGCAGAUAUAGCGGCCGCCUUAAAUGAACCAGAGCUUGAGGCCACUUCAACGCCACAAUAUGGUAGCCCCCAGCAAAAUGCAACCGCCAUGAAUGACCGAACCCGCUCAUUUCUUUUUGGCUCCCAAUCCUCUCAGGCCUCGACGAUCGGGGAUUGGGAAGAGACAUCGCCAGAAGAUGACCUCGAACAAAGCAGUCCAUCCAGGAGUGUGGACCAGAGUCUUAGAAAUAUAGACCAAAGGACGCCAAAGAAACCCAGAGUUGCGUCCGUGGAUCAGCGAUCGGGUUUCCAAAUCCCCUUUCCACUUACUCCACCUCAGACAUCACGCCGUCGCGUCGACAAUUCCGACCAGGGCAUAUUCGAAACAGACUUUUUCCCGCAAACGCCUACCAGGAACAAAGGCAAGGAGCGGGAAAAUAGCGGCGGGGAGCGAACGGUUGGUCUGGACUCGGCUUUUACAGAGAGAUUGAUUGAAGACUUUGUAGACCUCAGGCACGAAUGCUCGCAUCCCCAGUGCCUUUGAGAGCGGAAGCAGUACUUUCAAACGUGACGUCCCCGCACAUACAUCUAAACCCCUCGAACGCGCCUCUUCCAACCCUUUUAUUGUUGACCAAACUACUGGGGAAAGCAUUGCUUCGCAUCUAGAAGCACUGGACGCUUUAAA